AUGACAGCAGCAAACUUUGGUGAAAAAACGACGGCACUUGAAGUCGUCAAAGCUCUUAAUAUAAAUCUUGCUGGCAAAGUGGUUUUUAUCACCGGAGCAACAUCUGGCAUUGGUGUUGAAACAGCUCGAGCAUUAGCAACUGCCAAUGCUCAUGUGUUUAUUACUGCGAGAGACAUGAAUCGAGGAGCGCAAGUAGUCGAAAACAUUAAGAAAGAGACAGGUAAUAAUCAAAUCGAUGUGUUGGAGGUUGACCUUACUUCGUUACAGUCUGUUCGAAACUGUGUCAAACAGUUUCGAGCACGUAAAUUACCAAUUAAUAUUCUGAUAUGUAAUGCUGGCAUCAUGGCAUAUCCAUAUUCGAAGACAAAAGAUGGAUUUGAAUCACAAUUUGGUGUUAAUCAUCUUGCUCAUUUUCUUCUUGUUACUUCUCUAUUGCCUGAACUCAAAGCAGGCAAACCAGCACGAGUUGUCAUAGUUAGUUCAGUACUCAACAAAUUUCAAGGUAUUAAUUUCAAUGAUAUCAACUGGGAUAAAAACUAUGACAAAUGGUUGGCUUAUAGUCAGAGUAAAACUGCUAAUAUUUUAUUUGCCAUGCAGUUAAAUAAGCUGUAUAAGUCAGAAGGAAUCCAAGCGUUCGCUUUAAAUCCAGGUGCUAUUAUGACCAAUCUACAAAAUGUUCUACCAAUUGAAGAGCAACGAGCAAUGGGAUAUUUCAAAGAAGAUGGUACACUAGCUGAUUAUUUUAAAACUGUUGAACAAGGAGCAUCAACCAGUGUAUAUGCCGCUUUGGCACCUGAACUUGAUGGUUCCGAUGGAGAAUAUCUGGAAGAUUGUGCUAUUACUGGAAUAGUGAAUGAAAACAAAACAGAAUUUGUGGGUAGAGCACCACAUGCAGCAGAUUUGAAGGCAGCUGAACAGCUUUGGACUUUGAGUGAACAGAUGGUAGCAGAAAAGUGA